AUGGCGGCAACCGCCCUGGCGGUUGCGCAGUCUGUCGUGGUUGUUGCGGAAGCGGACCGCGGGCUCGGCCAACACCUGGAUGACCUGCGCCGCGACCAGCUUACGUAUGUUCUCAAGGCCGAAUAUGCUGCCAAUGCCCUCUUCCUUGCCAGCAUGACGCUGGCCAAACUGUCCGCCAUCACGACGCUCUGGGUGCUCGCGCCGUUGUAUCACAGACGCACCGUCCUCAUUACCUGCUCCUUCAUCAUCCUCUGGGCCUUUACGUCGAUUGUCCCCGCCCUUUUGCAGUGCGACCUGCCCAUUCCGUGGGACUACAUUGCCGGCCAGUGUUUCCAGCGAACUGCCUUUUGGAUAUACGUCGCCAUCGGAGACAUCUUGACCGACGUUGCCAUUGUGGCCAUCAUGUUUACGAUUUCCUUCCAGCUCCAGCUGCCGCUCCGCAAAAAGAUGCUGGUAGGAGGCGUGUUUGGGAGCCGCAUCCUAGUCACGCCCGCCAUCAUCGCGCACAUGGUCGUCUUUCACGGCCUCUACGACGAGAGCGACGCCACGUUCAACAUGUUCCUGCCGACCAUCCUGACGCAGGUGGUGCAGUGCCUGAGCAUCGUGACGGCGUGCGUGCCGUACCUGAAGCCGUUCCUCGACAGCUUCCAGUCGGGCGCCAUGCUCGCCGUCGACGCCUCGUCCCAGAACACGGGGGCCAAGAGCAGGAGCGGCAGCGGCAAGUUCGCGGCGGCGGCGUCGGCGCAGAACAGCAGCAAGCACGGGGGCCGCGGCGGCGGCGACAUUGAGCUGACGAGCAUUCCGCGCGCCGCUCAAGCCUCGAGCUCCAAGCCGGCCACGACGGCGACGGUCACGGCGAACCAGGGCGAUGUCAGCGCCGAGGGAUGGGACAGGCGCAGCCACACGAGCCAGACGGUCCUGGUCCAGCAGUCCUGGCAGGUGGACAUUGAGGCCAAGUCGCCGGUUCGUGCGAGCAGGGCGAAUACAUAG